UUUUUGUAUUGUGUAAUUAAUAUUUUAUACAAUAUAUAGUAUAUAUUACAGAGCUUAAUUAUUUUUUGAUUUUAAAUAAUUGCAUUAAUUAUUAAUUUAUCUAGAGAGGCCAGUGAGUGUGACACAUGUAUUCUUUAUUCUAAUGAAAUUUAGGUUUUCCAAAUGUCCUUGGAUGUUUGGAUGGCACUCAGAUUAGAAUUAGGAAGCCAAAACUGAAUGAAGCAGAUUAUGUCAACAGAAAAGGCUAUCAUUCUUUGAAUGUGCAGAUGUGCUGUGACCACACAUUUAGGAUAACAAGCUGUGUUGCAAGUUGGCCUGGAUCUGUUCAUGACAGCAGGGUGUUCAGACAAUCCGCACUGUGUGCACAGUUUGAAAAUGGUCAGCAUGAUGGGCUACUUUUGGGGGAUUCAGGAUAUCCAUGCAGGAGAUUCCUGAUGACCCCAAUACUGAAUCCUGCAACUAAUUCGGAGCAGGAUUUCAAUCUGUCAUUGUGCAGGACCCGGGUGUUAAUUGAGCAGACCUUUGGUGUCUUGAAGCGUCGGUUCCAGAGUCUACACCAUGAAAUGGCAACAGAGCCCCCACAGGCAGCCAUUUAUAUUACAGCCUGCGUUGCCCUGCACAACAUAGGGAUUCAGAGAGGUGACGUGAUGCCAAACGGAGAUGGAUUUCUUAAUCCUGUUAAUGAUGAUGGCGUGCGCUUCCAAGGGCGAAACGAUGGAAUGUUCAUGAGGCAGCAUAUUGUAAAUAAUUUUUUUUGAAUUUGUACAUUUGAUACUACAGUGUAGUAUAUACUAUAAGUCUAUAUCUGUACAUGGAGUAUUUUUAAGUCGAAAAUGUGAAAAGUUUACAGACGGACGGACGACGGACACAAAGUGAUCAGAAAAGCUCACUUGAGCCUUAGGCUCAGAUGAGCUAAAAAUUAUUACACUUGUACACAUAUCCAUACCAUUUAGAAAAAAAACCCAAUAAAACUCUAAAUUUUGUGAUCAAUAAAGAAUUUAUUUAAUUAUGUCAUUGUGAACAUCACCACUGUCACUUUUUCUGAAAAUAAGUCAGUGUAUAUAUAAAAUCAUUGUAACACUAUACUUAUCCAAUAAAUGUUUUGCAAAAUCAUUUUGCAUCUGUAUGCAACACAGAAUAUGAGGCAAUCAUUUCAUAAAAUUACAGCUAUUAUACAAAAACAGCAUUAUAUGUUUUGUAUACACCCAGUAUUAUUCAUCAUGAUGUAAAGAAUGACAAUUUCAUCU